CGUCAUGGAGAUAAGACGUGUAUAACUAAGUUCGAAAAUGGCGGGAACUUUUAGAUUUACGAUCUUUAACAAAAAUAACGCAACUUUAAACAUCUAGUCUGUGUUUUUUAUAUAAGAAUAACCAUUUUGAAAUAGUUUUUAAAAAUUAUGUAUAAAACAAAGAAAUCGGAUGUUCCAUUUUUGAAAUCGCGCGGAAUGUCAUGGAAUGCUUGAGAGACUUGUGAAGUAUUUCAAAUGUGACAGUUUACAUGGGCUAGUGACAGCGGUGCCUAGACAAUGCACGGACUGUUUGGAGUUGCAACAGCCUCCACGUUUCUCCAAAUAUUGUUAUCAUUUACUGCCGUCAACGGCGUCAGCUGGGAGGAAUGGUGGACCUAUGACGGGAUUUCAGGUCCAGCCUUCUGGGGGCUCAUCAACCCAGAAUGGUCUCUAUGCAACAAAGGCCGCAGACAGUCUCCGGUAAACCUGGAACCGGAGAAGUUGCUCUUCGAUCCCAACUUAAGAUUUUUACAUAUAGAUAAGCAUAGGAUAAAUGGAUUAAUUAGCAAUACGGGUCACUCAGUGAUCUUCACAGUGGAAAAUGAGACGCGUCAUCACAUCAAUAUAACGGGUGGACCCCUCUCAUACAAGUAUCAGUUUCAUGAGAUCCACAUACAUUAUGGUCUCCACGAUCAAUUUGGUUCGGAACAUGCCAUUAAUGGAUAUUCUUUCCCUGCUGAGAUUCAAAUAUUUGGUUUCAAUUCGCAACUGUAUUCAAACUUUUCGGAGGCUUUACACAAAGCUCAGGGGAUUGUUUCGAUUUCUUUACUCUUACAGCUUGGUGACUUAUCAAAUCCAGAGCUUAGAGUCUUAACGGAGGAAUUGGAAAAUAUCAAAUAUGGAGGUGCUGAAAUGCCAGUGAAUCGUCUUUCGGUACGCGGACUGCUUCCUGAUACAGACUAUUAUAUGACGUAUGAUGGGUCUACCACCGCGCCUGCGUGCUACGAAACUGUCACCUGGGUUGUUAUUAACAAACCAAUUUACAUAACAAAGCAACAGUUGCAUGGCCUGAGGCGUUUGAUGCAAGGUGACGCUCGGCACCCGAAAGCUCCCCUCGGGAACAACUUCCGCCCACCACAGCCUUUACACCAUCGGGCUGUGAGGACCAACAUCGACUUUGACUUGAGCAAGUAUCCUGGAAAGACGUGUCCUAGUAUGAACAGAAAUAUGCAUUAUAAAGCGAAAACAUGGACACAAUAUUAAUAAAACUGUAGAAGACUUUGUAUAUUUUGUACAGACGUAACCUGCUUAUGAUAGAUAAUAAUAAUAUAGUCUGUAUUACGUAGUUGAUUUAGGUAAUUCCAUAGAUAAUAGAAAUGUAACGGCCUCUUAAAGUAAGACAUAUUUUCGGAUAGAUUAUUCAGCGCGUAAUAAAAUGUAUUGAGUAUUCCCAACUAUGUAUUGAUAAGUAAUAAUGUAGCAAAACUUAAAAUGAAUUUAGAAAAUCAUAUCAAUGUAUAAUUUGUAGAUUAGUUUUAUAAAUCUAUCGAAUUAUUGUUAAAGUUCCGGCUUCAAAAG